AUGAAAAAUAUGCAAGUGGAUUAUAUGAAUAUACCAUGGAAAAUUGAACACAACGCAAUUGAUUGUGGCAUCUACUGCAUGAGGCAUAUGGAAACUUAUAAGGAGACAUCAGUAGAGGAUUGUGGAUUAGGAAUUGAAGCAUUUAGAACUUCAAGUGGCAUUAACCUCUAUCAAAGGAAAUACACUUUGGAGAUCUUGGAGGAAAAUGGUUUCCUAGAUGCCAAGCCUGCUAAAACUCCCUGCACUCCAGGCUCAAGACUCAACAAUACUGAAGGCACCCUACUGGGCAAUCCUGAGAUCUUUAGAAGAUUGGUUGGAAAGCUGCUCUAUUUGACCAACACUAGGCCUGAUAUCUCAUACAGUGUUCAGCAGCUCAGUCAGUUUGUUGACAAGCCAAGAGACACACACUUAGCUACAACACAUAGAAUACUGAGAUACCUCAAAGGCUCUACUGGAAAAGGACUGUUCUAUGCUUCAAAGUCUAGCCUCAAACUUCAAGGCUUUUCUGAUUCAGACUGGGCUACCUGCACAGAAACCAGAAAGUCCAUUACAUGGUACUGGAUUUACCUUGGGGAGUCUCCUAUAUCUUGGAAGACUAAGAAGCAAGCCACUGUGUCCAGAUCAUCAUCUGAAGCAGAGUAUAGGGCUUUGGCCUCCACUAUCUGUGAACUUCAGUACAAUGGCUGUUUGAGACAAAAGGUCCAAGGAGUGGUGAAAUUGGUGAGCAUUCCUUCACAUAAACAAAUAGCAGAUGGUUUUACUAAGGCCUUGCCUAUUCCUUUGUUUAAUAUCUUUCAUGCUAAGCUGAGCCUUCAGGAUCUUCAUGCUCCGUCUUACGAGGGGGUGAUGAAGUGA